UUUAAAGCAAUUUGAGGGCGUAAGGGCAAGUUGCUCUCUGCUGGAUCCAUCCCUGAAUAGAACUGUAGAAGAAGAUGAUAAACAAUGUCUUGCAAUUUGCAAAUAGACGUUGAGCUGAACAAUAAAUUGAAAUUUGAUCUGAGAGCAUUCAGUUAGAUCAAAUAUGAAAGGAAUAGCCUUUUCACCCACAAACUAUCAUUGCUGCUUCAAAAAUCAUCACAACACAUCUAGAAGAUCGUCAAUAAGCACAAACCCAAUUCAAUUCAACGACAACCAAAACCAAAAUCAAAACCCAUCAAUCAAAACACGCCCAUUCCCUUCACUUGUCCUUAAAUCCUCCAAAAACCCUAUAACACCAGUUAAUCCGGAGUCCAACAACCCACCGCUUGUCGUUGUUGGCUCAGCCAAUGCUGACAUCUAUGUCGAAAUUGAGAGAUUGCCCACCGAAGGAGAGACCAUCUCAGCCAAGAGUGGGCAGACACUUGCAGGUGGGAAGGGAGCUAAUCAAGCAGCUUGUGGUGGCAAACUCUCCUACCCAACGUACUUCGUGGGUCAGGUGGGAGAGGAUGCACAUGGGAAGUUGAUCAUUGAGGCGUUGAGAAAUGGAGGAGUUUGUCUUGAUUAUGUAAGGCAUGUUGGUGAUGUGCCUACUGGGCAUGCUGUGGUGAUGCUUCAGUCUGAUGGGCAGAAUUCUAUUAUCAUUGUUGGUGGAGCCAACAUGAGUCGUUGGCCUGAGAAAUUGAGCGAUGAAGAUUUGGUGGUAAUAAGGAAUGCUGGCAUCCUUUUGCUUCAAAGGGAGAUCCCUGAUUCCGUCAAUAUCCAAGUUGCCAAGGCUGCAAAGAGUGCUGGUGUUCCUGUCAUUUUCGAUGCUGGGGGAAUGGAUGCACCUAUACCCUUGGAACUGUUGAAGGUUGUGGACAUCUUCAGCCCAAAUGAAAGUGAACUAGCGCGUAUAACUGGCAUGCCUACUGAAAACUUUGAACAGAUUAGUCAGGCUGUUACUAAGUGUCAUGAAAUGGGGGUCGGGGAAGUCCUAGUGAAACUUGGGGCCAAAGGAUCAGCAUUAUUUGAAGAAGGCCAAAAACCAAUUAGACAACCCAUAAUACCUGCUGCAAGAGUCAUAGACACUACAGGUGCUGGAGAUACUUUUACUGCUGCUUUUGCUGUGGCUUCGGUGGAGGGCAAGACAAAAGACGAGUGCCUUAGAUUUGCUGCUGCAGCAGCUUCUCUUUGUGUGCAAGUAAAGGGAGCAAUUCCUAGCAUGCCUGACCGGACAGCAGUCCUGGAUCUUCUUCAAUCUGUGAGGGCAUCCUUUUGAUGAAAUGCAGAUCAGAGCUUACUUUCUGUAGUAAUAAAAAAUGCAUUUCUGGACUCUGCCAAAAGCAAAUAGCAUAUGUUGGAACAGAGCCUCAAUGGCUAUUUGUUUUAUGCAAUUUCAAGGCAAAAAGGGAGGGGAAGAAAAAAUGCGUUUUUUCGUCAGUUUCAAAAAACUGUAAACAUAUGUGCAUUAGCAGCUCAGAAGAAUGUGCAGUUUGCUCAAACUGGUAGAUUUCAUGUUGUUGCUUCCUAAUGUGGUUUAUUUAUUUAUUUUCCUCAUUCUCCCCUCUCUAAAACAGGUGCCUAGAUUCAUUCAUUUCAACUUUCCUUUUUUUUUUUCUGUUUAAAUGGAGGAACAUGACUGGCUUCUUUCUC